CCGCGCGGCGAGUGGUCAACAUGGCCGCCGAUAGCAGUAUGGAGUUUCUUAGAAGUGCUAAAGGAGUGAUUUUGGACAUGUGUGGAGUUUUGUAUGACAGUGGAGAAGGAGGAGGACAAGCCAUACACGGGUCUGUGCAAGCAGUGAAAAGGUUGAUGGACUCUGGGCUGUUACUGCGUUUCUGCACUAACGAGACUCAGAACACGCGUGAGAGAUUCGUGCAGAAGCUGCGUUUGAUGGGUUUUGACAUCAGCGUCAGUCACGUGUUUUCACCUGCACCGGCUGUAGUGCAGAUCCUUCAAAAGAGGCACCUGCGGCCUCACCUGCUGGUGCAUGACGAUCUGAUCCCAGAGUUUGACGGUGUGGACACCAGUUCCCCAAACUGUGUGGUCAUUGGAGACGCGGCGGAAAAAUUCUCCUACCAGAACCUGAACGAAGCCUUCCGUGUUCUGAUUGGCCUGGAGAAACCGGUGCUGUUCUCACUAGGACGAGGGCGCUACUAUAAGGAGACGGACGGCCUGAAGCUGGAUGUGGGUGUGUUCAUGAAGGCGCUGGAGUACGCAUGUGAUGUCCAGGCUGAGGUGGUGGGAAAACCUUCAGCAGAGUUCUUCAAGACGGUCCUCAAUGACAUGAACCUGCAGCCGCAUGAGGUUGUGAUGGUGGGUGAUGAUCUGGUCAAUGAUGUAGGAGGAGCUCAGAGCUGUGGGAUGAAGGGCCUUCAAGUCAGAACCGGGAAAUACAGGCCGAGCGAUGAGUGUGACCCGACAGUGAGAGCAGACGCGUAUGUGGAUGACCUCUCCGCUGCUGUGGACGCCAUAUUGACCAAUCACUGAUCAAUAUCUGAUGAUCACGGAUGCUGUACUGUAGCGACUCUAAUGCAGAUGCACUGACGGAAAUAACUGUGAAAGAGAGACUCAUUUAGCAGACUAGCUUAACUCAUUUCUCAAAUCUCUGUUUAGGGAAGAGUUUUGAUGAGCGAAGAUCCUGUGUUCGGCACUCUAGGCUAGUAUUUAACAGCAGAUGGCGCUCUGAGUCUGCAUUUCUCAUACCCUCUCCUCUCUCCAUCUGCUGUUAAACACUAGCAUAGAGCUCCGUCUGCUGUUCAACACUAGCCUAGAGCACCGUCUGCUGUUAAACUCUAGCCUAGAGCGCCGUCUGCUGUUCAACACUAGCCUAGAGCACCGUCUGCUGUUAAACUCUAGCCUAGAGCGCCGUCUGCUGUUCAACACUAGCCUAGAGCGCCGUCUGCUGUUAAACUCUAGCCUAGAGCGCCGUCUGCUGUUUAACACUAGCCUAGAUCUCCGUCUGCUGUUAAACACUAGCCUAGAGCACCGUCUGCUGUUAAACUCUAGCCUAGAGCGCCGUCUGCUGUUAAACUCUAGCCUAGAGCGCCGUCUGCUGUUAAACUCUAGCCUAGAGCGCCGUCUGCUGUUAAACUCUAGCCUAGAGCGCCGUCUGCUGUUAAACUCUAGCCUAGAGCGCCGUCUGCUGUUAAACUCUAGCCUAGAGCGCCGUCUGCUGUUAAACACUAGCCUAGAGCGCCGUCUGCUGUUAAAACACUAGCCUAGAGCGCCGUCUGCUGUUAAACUCUAGCCUAGAGCGCCGUCUGCUGUUCAACACUAGCCUAGAGCGCCGUCUGCUGUUAAACACUAGCCUAGAGCGCCGUCUGCUGUUCAACACUAGCCUAGAGCGCCGUCUGCUGUUUAACACUAGCCUAGAGCGCCGUCUGCUGUUAAACACUAGCCUAGAGCGCCGUCUGCUGUUAAACACUAGCCUAGAGCGCCGUCUGCUGUUAAACUCUAGCCUAGAGCGCCGUCUGCUGUUUAACACCAGCCUAGAGCGCCGUCUGCUGUUAAACACUAGCCUAGAGCGCCGUCUGCUGUUAAACUCUAGCCUAGAGCGCCGUCUGCUGUUCAACACUAGCCUAGAGCGCCGUCUGCUGUUAAACACUAGCCUAGAGCGCCGUCUGCUGUUAAACACUAGCCUAGAGCGCCGUCUGCUGUUUAACACUAGCGUAGAUCUCCGUCUGCUGUUAAACACUAGCCUAGAGCGCCGCCUGCUGUUUAACACUAGCCUAGAGUGCCGUCUGCUGUUAAACACUAGCCUAGAUCUCCGUCUGCUGUUAAACACUAGCCUAGAGCGCCGCCUGCUGUUUAACACUAGCCUAGAGCGCCGUCUGCUGUUAAACACUAGCCUAGAGCGCCGUCUGCUGUUAAACACUAGCCUAGAGCGCCGUCUGCUGUUUAACACUAGCCUAGAGCGCCAUCUGCUGUUUAACACUAGCCUAGAUCUCCGUCUGCUGUUAAACACUAGCCUAGAGCGCCGUCUGCUAUUAAACACUAGCCUAGAGCGCCGUCUGCUGUUAAACACUAGCCUAGAGCGCCGUCUGCUGUUAAACACUAGCCUAGAGCGCCGCCUGCUGUUUAACACUAGCCUAGAGCGCCGUCUGCUGUUAAACACUAGCCUAGAUCUCCGUCUGCUGUUAAACACUAGCCUAGAGCGCCGUCUGCUGUUAAACACUAGCCUAGAGCGCCGUCUGCUGUUUAACACUAGCCUAGAGCGCCAUCUAAUGUUCAAAACUAAGCCUAGAAUUAGUUUUUCAGCACUAGUGUUUAUGAAAUGAUUGUUUGACACAUUUUUGUGUGAAUAAAUCUGAUGAUCAGAGUCAUUAACAAUGCAGAAA